ACCAACUCUCUCUUUCUGAUAUUUCAUAUUACCACUUUCAAUCCUCAUUCAAGAAAUUUAUAUAUAACUAAACCCAAAUUGCCCAUUACAAUCAUCUCUGCCACACAAACAAAAAUCCCUCUCAUUGCACCCUUUUUUGCCUGUUCUUUCAAUUUGACAAAGAUCUCACUCAUAUAAUAAUACUAAUUGUCUUCAUUUCCUUGUUUUUGUGCUUCAUUGGAAUUUAGUUUGUUCUUCUCUCUUCUGUGUUGGUCUUUUGGGUUUGUCUCAAUCUUUGUUGUGUCUCAAGAAUCAAACUUAAAUGUAAACUGCACACUACCUGCUUGUUCUUUUGUCUGCUCCAAGUCUUUGCUUUCUUUCCCAUUUCUAGUGCUCCUUGCUGAAAAAUGUAAUUUUGACUUCAGAUUAAGGUACCCUUUUGGCUUUUCCAGUUAAUGCCCAGAUCCUCAAAAGUGUUGUGAAGCAUUUCCAAUCAUGGGUUUUUUGUCAAUCAUGGAAUCUCGUUAAUCUUUUAUUCUUGUGUUCUUUCCAUGCUCAUUCUUCUCAUCAGCAGCUUCUGAAACAUAAGAAAAUGCAGGCUGUGAUGAUGGCUUUUCGUUAGUUAGUUAGUUAGUUAAGACACUCUCCGGAUAUUGCAUAUGUAACUGGAAUGCUGCCACUUUUGCUUCAACUUAGAUAGCAUAUGGAGGAUAAUCAAGAGAAAGGGUUGGUCUUGGAUCUAGGCUUUGCCAUGGCUGAACGCUAAUCUUCAAUCAAAGCUUUGUGGAGAGUGUCUUUUCUUCUUGUUGACUAUUGAAGAACAAAAUCUCUGAUAAAGUUUCGGUUGGAUAUGUAAUUCCAACUGUGUUUUUUUGUUCAAUUACUGACUCAUUCUUUUGUUAGACAUAACCAAUAUAUGUGGAAAAGUUCAUAGAUUAUUAUUUGAUAUGUAAAUUCUUAAGCUUGGAUUCAUUAAUUUUUGACCCCUUUAUCAAGGGCCUGAUGAUAAUCUUCUCAACAACCAAAACAAAAUGAGUAUACCUUCUUCCUUCUUUCCUGUUUAGGAUGAUAUGUAGGAUUCUGUUUUCCCUGCCCAGAGAUUUAUCCGAAAUUUUGUACAUGCGGUCUUAAUCAAUGUUUCUUUAACCUCUAGAGCUGGCUUGAAGUGAAUCAGCAUCUUUCAAUUUCAUCUGCUGCUUCUUUGUAGUCAAUAAACCAGAACAUAAGAUAGACUUUAAUUGCUUGGUAGUCCAAGACUUUCAUGGAAGAAACAUUUGUUCCCUUCCGUGGGAUUAAGAAUGACCUGAAAGCGAGAAUUUUGUGCUACAAGCAAGACUGGACAAGUGGAUUCCAAUCUGGUUUCAGGAUCCUGGCCCCAACAACAUACAUAUUUUUUGCUUCAGCAAUUCCGGUUAUAUCUUUCGGGGAGCAACUGGAGAGAAAUACUGAUGGAACUCUCACUGCAGUGCAUAGUCUUGCAUCAACAGCUAUUUGCGGCAUUAUCCACUCGGUCUUUGGAGGUCAGCCACUCCUCAUUGUAGGUGUAGCUGAGCCCACAGUUCUGAUGUACACAUUCAUGUACAACUUUGCAAAGGAUAGAAAAGAUUUGGGACACAAAUUGUUCUUACCUUGGACUGGAUGGGUGUGUGUUUGGACUGCCUUGUUGCUUUUCUUGCUUUCCAUUCUUGGUGCAUGCUCCAUAAUCAACAGAUUCACACGCGUUGCUGGUGAACUAUUUGGUUUGCUAAUUGCAAUGCUCUUUAUGCAGCAGGCCAUAAAGGGACUUGUUGAAGAAUUUGGUGUACCUAAGAACCAGAGUGAAGGUAGUAGUAAUCAGAUUGCACUCCAAUCCUCUUGGCUGUUUGGCAAUGGAAUGUUUGCGUUGGUCUUGUCAUUUGGCCUUCUUUUUACCGGACUACAGAGCCGUAAGGCUAGAUCCUGGCGUUAUGGGACAGGUUGGCUAAGGGGAUUAAUAGCUGAUUAUGGAGUCCCUAUAAUGGUUCUUGUGUGGACUUCUGUUUCUUAUAUACCUGUUAAUAAAGUUCCAAGGGGAAUCCCCAGGCGACUUUUCAGUCCAAAUCCAUGGUCUCCUGGUGCAUACUCAAAUUGGACUGUUAUCAAGGAGAUGUUGGAUGUGCCGAUCUUAUAUAUUAUUGGAGCAUUUAUACCAGCAACUAUGAUUGCUGUGCUUUACUACUUUGAUCACAACGUUUCAUCACAGCUUGCACAACAGGAGGAGUUCAAUCUAAGAAAACCCCCAUCUUAUCACUAUGACUUGCUAAUAUUGGGAAUUAUGACCAUACUCUGUGGGCUUAUUGGUAUCCCUCCUUCAAAUGGUGUGAUUCCACAAUCUCCAAUGCAUACCAAAAGCUUAGCUACCCUAAAACAUCAGCUUUUACGAAAUAAGCUUGUAUCUACUGCACGAAAAAGCAUGCGGAGAAAUGUGAAUCUGAGUCAGUUAUAUCAAAGUAUGCGAGAAGCAUAUGACGAAAUGCAGACUCCUUUGGUUCCUCAAAUGCCACCUACCUUGGGCCUGAAGGAGCUGAAGGAAUCAACCAUUCAACUGGCUUCAAGUCAAGGAUACAUUGAUGCUCCUGUUGAUGAGGUUGUCUUCGAUGUGAAUAAGGACAUUGAUGAUCUUUUGCCAUUCGAAGUUAAAGAGCAACGCCUUAGCAAUCUACUGCAGUCGUUGAUGGUUGGAGCUUGUGUUGCUGCCAUGCCUCUUUUGAAGAAGAUACCUUCUUCAGUUCUUUGGGGUUACUUUGCCUUCAUGGCAAUCGAAAGCUUGCCUGGAAAUCAGUUUUGGGAAAGAAUAUUGUAUCUUUUCACGGCUCCAAGCAGAAGAUACAAACUGCUGGAGGAAUACCAUGCUACAUUCGUGGAGACGGUGCCGUUCAAAACAAUUGCCAUGUUUACCAUAUUUCAAACAGUUUACUUACUUCUCUGCUUUGGCCUAACGUGGAUACCAAUCGCCGGGGUCUUAUUCCCAUUGUUGAUCAUGCUUCUUGUCCCGGUACGGCAAUAUAUCCUUCCUAAGUUUUUCAAAGGAGCACAUCUUUCAGAGCUGGAUGCUGCAUCAUUUGAGGAAGCACCUGCCAUUUCCUUCAAUGCUUCCCUUGAUCAGGAUCCAAAUGGUCAGGCAGCAGUAAAUAUCAGUGGUGGUGAAAUUCUUGAUGAAAUUAUUACAAGGAGUCGUGGAGAGUUCCGCCGGACCCAAAGCCCAAAAACAUCAAGCUCAACCCCAACUUCAUUUGGUGAUAUAAGACCUGCUAGUAGCCCACAACUAACAAGAAGGAUUCCAAGCCCUCGAGUAACCGAAUUGAGAGGGGAAAGCAGCCUAGGAUCAAAAGGUAAGGAGGUAAAGUUGAAGCAAACUCCUAGUCCGCAGCCAUCAAAUCUUGGGAAACAUACCAGUGGUUCACCUUCAAGCUAAAAAUAUAUCUGCUGAGACAUAUCAAAGUAGUAGUACUAAGCAAUGCUUUAGAGGUUAUGUGCUUGAUUCAUGUAACAAAAAGAGUUCAUCUUCUUAGUGUCUUUCUUUUCUUCCUUUUUUAACUUUUUACCACAUACUUUGUUGUUUGACUGCAUUAUUGCUUGAAAGUAACUAUAAAAUGGGCAGGUAUAUUUUCAUGUUGAUGGAUA